GCCUGCCUGCUGGUCGGCCAGCAAGUAGACAGCCCAUUCGGUGGGGGAGGCGGCCGUUUUGGUGGCCCCAGGCCGCGUGGCCCAGUGGUAGCAGAGCCAUGGUUUCUAAACUGAGCCAGCUGCAGACGGAGCUCCUGGCGGCCCUGCUCGAGUCGGGCCUGAGCAAAGAGGCACUGAUCCAGGCACUGGGUGAGCCGGGGCCCUACCUGCUGCCUGCAGAUGGCCCCCGGGACAAGGGGGAGUCCUGCGGCGGCGGUCGGGGGGAGUUGGCUGAGCUGCCCAAUGGGCUGGGGGAGGCGAGGGGCUCCGAGGACGAGACGGACGACGAUGGGGAAGACUUCACACCGCCCAUCCUCAAAGAGCUGGAGAACCUCAGCCCCGAGGAGGCGGCCCACCAGAAAGCCGUGGUGGAGACCUUGCUGCAGGAGGACCCAUGGCGCGUGGCCAAGAUGGUCAAGUCCUACCUGCAGCAGCACAACAUCCCACAGAGGGAGGUAGUUGACACCACUGGCCUCAACCAGUCGCACCUGUCCCAGCACCUCAACAAGGGCACCCCCAUGAAGACGCAGAAGCGGGCCGCCCUGUACACCUGGUAUGUCCGCAAGCAGCGAGAGGUGGCCCAGCAGUUCACCCACGCAGGGCAGGGCGGGCUGAUUGAAGAGCCCACAGGUGAUGAGCUGCCAACCAAGAAGGGGCGGAGGAACCGUUUCAAGUGGGGCCCAGCCUCCCAGCAGAUCCUGUUCCAGGCGUAUGAGAGACAGAAGAACCCCAGCAAGGAGGAGCGAGAGGCAUUGGUGGAGGAGUGCAAUAGGGCGGAGUGCAUCCAGAGGGGGGUGUCGCCAUCGCAGGCACAGGGACUGGGCUCUAACCUCGUCACGGAGGUGCGUGUCUACAACUGGUUUGCCAAUCGGCGCAAGGAAGAAGCUUUCCGUCACAAGCUGGCCAUGGACACAUACAGCGGGCCGCCCCCGGGGCCAGGCCCGGGCCCCACCCUGCCUGCCCACAGCUCCCCGGGCUUGCCCCCACCCGCCCUCUCCCCCAGUAAGGUCCACGGUGUGCGCUAUGGACAGCCAGCAACCAGCGAGGGGGAGGAAGUGCCCUCAAGCAGUGGUGGUCCCUUGGUGACAGUGUCUGCGCCCCUGCACCAAGUGUCCCCCACGGGCCUGGAGCCCAGUCACAGCCUGUUGAGCACCGAAGCCAAGCUGGUCUCAGCAACUGGGGGCCCUCUGCCCCCUGUUAGCACCCUGACAGCACUGCACAGCUUAGAGCAGACCUCCCCAGGCCUCAACCAACAGCCCCAGAAUCUCAUCAUGGCGUCGCUUCCCGGGGUCAUGGCCAUUGGGCCUGGCGAACCUGCCUCCCUGGGCCCCACGUUCACCAACACAGGUGCCUCCACCCUGGUUAUUGGCCUGGCCUCCACUCAGGCACAAAGCGUGCCGGUCAUCAACAGCAUGGGCAGCAGCCUGACCACCCUGCAGCCAGUCCAGUUCUCCCAGCCACUGCACCCGUCCUACCAGCAGCCACUCAUGCCCCCCAUGCAGAGCCAUGUGGCCCAGAGCCCCUUCAUGGCCACCAUGGCCCAGCUGCAGAGCCCCCACGCCCUCUACAGCCACAAGCCUGAGGUGGCCCAGUACACCCACACGGGCCUGCUUCCGCAGACCAUGCUCAUCACCGACACCACCAACCUGAGUGCCCUGGCCAGCCUCACUCCCACCAAGCAGGUCUUCACCUCAGACACUGAAGCCUCCAGUGAGUCCGGGCUUCACACGCCGGCGUCUCAGACCACCACCAUCCACAUCCCCAGCCAGGACCCUGCAGGCAUCCAGCACCUGCAGCCUGCCCACCGGCUCAGCGCCAGCCCCACCGUGCCCUCCAGCAGCCUGGUGUUGUACCAGAGCUCCGACUCCAACAAUGGCCACAGCCACCUGCUGCCAUCCAACCACAGCGUCAUCGAGACCUUCAUUUCUACGCAGAUGGCUUCAUCCUCCCAGUAACCAUGGCAACCGCCUCCCAGGGGCUGGGCCCUGCCUGGAGCCUGCAUGGCCUGCUUGGGGGGUGACUGGGACAUCUGAGCCUGUGAAACUUUCACUGCCACAGGAUAGCGGCCUUCCCUGGAAAACUGUGCCUCGGUCCCCACGCUGCUCUGUCAGCGUCAGAAAGGGUUCCAAGGCUCUCCGACCUCCGGAGGGACCAUUCCUGAUGCUCAGGGUCAAUUUUGUCACUUGGAAUAGAAGGGAGCAGCCUUUGGACUCUGGUGCCCCCAGCCUGUGCCUGUGGAGAGCCCCAGAACCCCCAAGGGAACCGCACUUCUCAGGACACGAGGCUAUACAGCCGUGACUCACUGAGCUCCGAGAGGCCCAGGGUCAACAUGGCCCCAUUCUGUCCCCUGUGUCCUGACCAGGCCCCUCCCCUCUGCUCCCCUUCCAGCUGUAAACCCACAUGCCCAUUUGUACCAACCCCUGUCCCCCAAUCACAUGAGCUUUCCCCAAGUGGCUACUCUGUGCUGGAGCCUGGGGCUCAGAGGCCCACGCCCUGCGAGAGCUCAAGCUAGCAGUGAAGGCACGCAGGGCUCUCCAGCUUCUCUCGUCCUGGGCCCUCCCUCCCCCUGGCUUCCAAGAUGGCCAGUUUUCUUGGCCAUUCGUCCCCCGGGGUAUCACACCUUCUCAUGCCAGCC